AUGGCCUUUUUGUCAACCGCCAUUCUCGCCCUUGUGGUCCUCGUUACCACCGCCUUCUUUCUUCCAACACUUGCGGGGACACUGCUUGGCCUAGUAUUUCGCGGUGCGGGCUGGCUGAUCCGCCGCCGGACACGAUCUCGUCGGGACUAUGUGAUUGCGCGGGCGCGAUCCGAUGAGGAGGAAUACCGAGCAGCAAAACCUAAGGCUUCUACAAAUUCUUUAGCUCGGAAUCAGGCCGAAGAUGAGGAUUGGGAGAAGGUUGAUAGCUCCGGUGGGGCGAAGACUGCCACCAGCAGUGAUAGCGGAGAUGAUGUAAAAAAUGAGGGAGCUAGCUCUGACGAAUGGGCUGGUGUCAUUGGAUUCUUCCACCCGUUUUGUAACGCCGGCGGAGGUGGAGAACGUGUACUUUGGGAAGCAGUUCGCGCAACACAGAAGCGCUGGCCGAAAGCUGUUUGUGCUAUCUACACUGGUGAUCACGAAGCCACCAAGGCUACUAUGCUGGAGCGGGUGGAGAACAGAUUCAACAUUCAGUUGCAUGCCCCGACAGUGGUCCUGCUUUACUUGACGACACGUAAAUACGUGGUCAGCAGCUCAUACCCUUAUAUGACUCUGCUAGGCCAAUCCCUAGGAUCGUUGGUGGUCGCCUACGAUGCUUUCACGCUUCUUGUCCCUGAUGUCUUCGUCGAUACCAUGGGAUACGCCUUUACGUUGGCGCUGUGCAAGUGGCUUUUCCCGACAGUCCCCACUGGCGCAUACGUCCAUUACCCAACUAUCUCCACUGACAUGCUCGCCUCUCUUGACGACCAAACUGGCGUGCAGGGCAUCAACUCCGGCGCCGGAAAGGGCCUGAAGGGAGCCGUCAAGCGUCGCUACUGGCAGCUAUUCGCCCAGCUCUACGGCUGGGUCGGCCGCCACGUGGACGUGGUCAUGUGCAACUCAUCCUGGACAGCGGCACACAUCCGUACUAUCUGGGGCACCGGAAAGACAAACGCCGGCAACGACGAAGGAACCCCUUCAUCACCAGCAGUCGUGUUCCCACCGACAGCAGUGGCAGAGCUCCAAUCAACCAUCACCGUCGACGCGGAAAGCGAAAGAACCCGCCAACCCGUUCUGCUCUACAUCGCACAAUUCAGGCCAGAGAAGAACCACCCUCUCGUCCUGCGUUCAUUCGCCCGCUUCCUUCAAGAACGCUCGCGAAACCCUGUUUUUGCUGAUAACCCACCUCCGCGACUCGUGUUGAUCGGCUCAGUCCGCCACGCCAGCCCUGACGAAACCCACAUCUACAACCUGCGUCUACUGGCUCACGAGCUGAAAAUCCGUGAUCAAACCACCUUCCUCUGCGACGCUAGCUGGCCCGCUGUGCUUUCCCACCUUGGCUCGUCUUCCAUUGGCGUGAACGGCAUGUGGAAUGAGCAUUUCGGUAUCUGCGUCGUCGAGUACCAGGCCGCGGGUUUGAUCUGCGUAACCCAUGACUCGGGCGGGCCCCGGGAGGAUAUCGUGAUUGACCUGGGUGAUGGAGCGACAGGGUUCCGUGCCGAGACGGAGGAACAGUUCGCUGCAGCGUUUGAAGCGGCACUCGCCCUUCCUGUUGAAGAGAAGAUUGCAAUGCGACAGCGGGCGAGACGGUCUGCGUUAAGAUUUACGGAAGAAGAGUUCGCUAAGAAGUGGUUGCGUCAGGUGCAGAAGUUGGUUCAGGCGUCGCAAUAG